AUGGCCGAGGAGCAGCAGACCAAGGUGGUAUUGUCCGGCUCCAGCUGCCCGGUCUUGAGUGCCGGAGUGAAGGAAGAACCGGAGCAGGGAGGCGUAGCCCACGCCCACGGCGGCGGAGGAUCACACGAAGAAGCCGCGGCGGCCGAGCAGGCAAGCCAAGCCUUGGAGCGGCCGCGGAUCACCAUCAGCGUCGACGUGAGCCUGCUCCACUGCGCCGUCGCCGAGUGCCACCGCCCCCUCAAGCCUCCCGUAGUCAAGGUGAGAUGUCGCGACAACCAAAUCUAG